AUGGCUGCUGACCCGACGCCGUCACCCUGCUGGCAGGGGGAGUUCUCGAGUGCGUUCCACUGCUGCCUCGGAGAGACCUGGGGCGUCGACUCGGAAGUGAUCCAGAAGUGCUGGACGGACGGCCGGACUUUCGAGACGUGCUGUCUCCAGGGCCAACUCCUCACGCAGUCGGAGAUACGAGCCUGGCGAACUUGGAAUGUGGAUUGUGGCUGCAGACGUGCAGAGAUGGGUAGCAACGACAUCUUCUGCGUGCUGAAGGACCAGCUGCUACCAAAGUCGACACACAGCCAGUGCAUGUCGUGUACAAGUACAAGUGAGAGGGCUUUUUCUUAG